GCCUGACGGGGUGACCGGGGCCAUGGCCGAGAGGCUUGUCUCGGGGUGCAAGAUGACCAACGAAGAACCUCUUCCUAAAAAGGUCCGAUUGAGCGAAACAGACUUCAAAGUUAUGGUACAGGAUGAGUUGAUUCUAAGACAGAAACAAUUUGAAGCUUACGCUCAAGCUUUGGAGGGAAAGUACACAGACCUUAAUUUAAAUGAUGUUACUGGCUUAAGGGAAUCUGAAGAAAAACUAAAGCAGCAACAGCAGGAGUCUGCACACAGAGAAAACAUUCUUGUCAUGCGAUUAGCAACCAAGGAACAGGAGAUGCAAGAGUGUACUACUCAAAUCCAGUACCUCAAGCAAGUCCAGCAGCCGAGUGUUGCCCAACUGCGAUCAACAACGGUAGACCCAGUGAUCAACUUGUUUUUCCUAAAAAUGAAAGGUGAACGGGAACAGACUAAAGACAAACUGGAACAAGCCCAAAAUGAACUGAGUGCCUGGAAGUUUACGCCUGAUAGGUAAACAAAUCAUACUCCCCAGUCAAGACUUCCCUGACAGUCCCACCUCGAGAAAGCUGUGGUAGGACAGCCAAGUACUCGU